AUUGCUUCCAGUGUGUUCCUCGUGUUAGUUUGUAGGAGAACGUUGCGCGGUUCGGAAAUAAUUAUUAUAUCGGCUCGGCUCGCGUGUGCGGCAUCGUUCCACAGAGUGGGAAGCACAGUUUUUAUUCCUUUUGAAGUGAAAAGCAUCUCAUCGCGCACUACUCUGGAACACAAAUCAAAAUAAAUCCAGCCAUCAAUAGUAGGCGAUAAAAAAUCAUCACAUGAACAGUGUUUUAACAUAGGUGUUGUAUUUAUCGAGUGGGUUCCUUUGACCGGUUUGAUUGGCAUCAUCGCUGCUGCAGUGUUCAAACAACGUGCUCGUGCAUAAAUUGCGUGCUCGAAUACAAAGGAAUUUUAGCGAACUGGAAUUUCCUGUGCAAGAAUAAAAAUUGUUUGAAGAGAUUGUGGCAAAAGGAUAAGAAGAAAAUAAAAGUGUCAGAAGAAACCUACAACUCUCUAUCAUGAUCCGAUAAACCAUCGAAAUAAAGAGCUCUUUGUAGAGUGUGAUAGUGAUUUAGUGAUAAUCGCUGCAUGAAACAAAUGCAAUGUUGCCGCGAAUCGAGAAUAAAUUUUAGCCAGCUCAAGUGUCAUUCUGGUGAUACGACAGUGCGUUGAUGAGCGGUUUAGCUGAUCGGUGAAACCAUCUGUACCUACUACUCAGGCUGCCAUCUUGCCGCCGAAUUUUACAAUCUACCACUAACUUCACGGUUGUCCUGUUCAGCUAACUAGCUAAUAGGACUCAGCCACAUUAUCAACGACGAACGAAACGGUGUUCAAACGCCUACUACGUCGUCAUCAUCUCAUCCAAGAGGGACAAGCGACGUGCCAAGCACAAUGAAUAGGAUUUAUGCUUUACCUUUCCUAUGGCUACUAUCAUCGUUUUUAAUCACCCAGAUCGAAGGCUCCGGGCUGUUUGAGCUGAAGCUGAAGUACUUCAAGAACGAACGAGGCGUCGAUAACGAGGGCGCCUGCUGCUCGGGCCGGUCGGACUCCAUCGGCAACUGUAUUGGCGCGUGCAAAACGAGGUUUCGUGCGUGUCUGAAGCACUACCAGGUCACAAUUGACACCUCGUCGCCGUGCACGUUCGGCGAUGUCAUGACGACCGUGCUCGAGGGAAACUCGCUGAACCUGACCGAACGGAGUCUGAAGGAAGGGUUCGAAAAUUCUUUACGGUUCCCGUUCGAAUUUGGCUGGCCGGGCACCUUUACACUGAUUGUAGAAGCAUGGCUUGACACGAAUGAAACCACGUCACGAUCGCCGGGCAUUUUGAUUUCACGCUUCUCAAACCAAAGAGUCCUGGAUGUUUCGCCGGAAUGGACGGAGGAUAGUAACAAUUCGUCGCAUUCGAGCAUGCAGUACGCAUUUCGUGUGACCUGUGACCCCUCGUACUUCGGAUCGGGAUGUGCCAGUUUGUGCCGCAAGCGCGACGAUCAGUUCGGGCAUUACACUUGCUCACCAACAGGCGAGCGCGUUUGCUUGGCUGGCUGGCAGGGAGAUUACUGCACGAAACCCCGCUGUACUCCUGGCUGCGACGAGAAGCACGGCCACUGCACCAAGCCUAACGAAUGCAUAUGCCAAUCCGGCUGGAAAGGCGCUUUGUGCGACGAGUGCGAGCCCUAUCCGGGAUGCAUGCACGGAACCUGCAAGAAACCGUGGGAGUGUCUCUGCAAUGAAGGCUGGGGUGGACUGUUCUGCAAUCAGGAUCUGAACUUCUGCACGAACCACAAACCGUGCCAGAACGGUGGAACCUGCUUCAAUACCGGACAGGGUUCGUAUACCUGCCAGUGCCCACCCGGUUACACGGGGGUCGACUGCCAGACGAGAAUCAGCAACUGCGCCGCCGAGCCUUGCCUGAACGGGGGAGCGUGCCAUGACGAGAAGGAACAGCAGCAGGCGGUUGGCUAUCGGUGUGAAUGCGUGAAAGGGUGGAUCGGGACCCACUGCGAGAGAGAAACUGUGACCUGCGCGGAGAAGCCCUGCAUGCAUGGAACAUGUAAGGAUACAAAUUUGGGGUUUAAGUGCGAAUGUCCGGUUGGGUACAGUGGGAUGGCAUGCGAGGUACAAGUUGACGAAUGCAACCCAAGUCCUUGUGAGAACGGAGGCACCUGCUUCAACAAAGGCGACACAUUCAAAUGUCAAUGUCCAAACGGAUUUAGCGGCACUCGAUGCGAAAAUAAUAUAGACGACUGCCAGGGUAACCCGUGCAUGAAUGGAGGAUCGUGUGUUGACAUGGUCAAUCAGUUUCGCUGCCAAUGUGUUCCAGGUUUCAUAGGCUCGUUGUGCGAGAAUAAAGUCGAUCUUUGUCUGACGAAGCCGUGUGCCAAUGGAGGCACCUGCAUCAAUCUGAACAACGACUAUCGUUGCAACUGUCGUCCCGGUUUUACGGGGAAGGAUUGUAGUGUGGAUGUGGAUGAGUGUAGUUCCUCGCCUUGCAAAAAUGGUGGCACUUGUGUCAACCGAGUCAAUAGCUUCCAAUGUGUAUGUGCUGGAGGUUUUCGUGGAUCAACAUGUGACGAAGAGGCUCUAUCAGCCAGUUGGGACUCUUCCACAGGUAGUAUAUCGGCUCAUGUAUCAAGCGGACAUCACGAAGCGCAAAGUGGUAGAAGUGAUGGUCUCAGCAGUGGUCAAAUUGUGCUGAUCGCUAUUUUCUCGGUCGCCACCCCGUUGGCUGCCUUCAUCGCAACAGCUGUUGUAAUCUGUAUGAAACGUAAACGUCGACGGGAGCAGGAGAAGGACGACGCAGAAGCACGCAAACAAAACGAACAAAACGCAUCACAUAUGACGCACCACCAGCAUAACUCCAUGUCUUCUUCUAAACGCAGCAGCAAUAGCGCUCUCACCAACCUCGACACGUCUCAUCAUAUGAUCAAAAACACCUGGGACAAGAGCGUCAACAAUAUGGCCACUUCGGCAAGUUUAGACGAAGGUUGCCUGAUGAACAGCAGUUUAUACGGUGGAAUUCCCGGCGGGUAUGGCGAGACAGCUUCUGCUAGCAGCGAACAGUGCUACCAAGCAGCCGCAGUACCUACCACUCUGCAACGUGCCAAAUCUCAGAAACAACUCAACACCGAUCCAAUGCUGAUGCAUCGGGCGUCGCAAAUGAUCGGUGGACCGGCCCAAUCGUCGCAACUGACAGCUGGCGGCGUCGGCCCAUGUCCGACCGGUGCGGCUACCUCAUCGACUGCAGCAGCGGCGGCCAGUACCAAAGAGAUGAUGCUGGAAAAGCGGAUAUCCGUCCUUUCCGAUGCCAGUUUAUGCAACACUCGAUGGAGUAGCUCUCAGAACCGGCAGAUUGUUGGGCCCUGCAGUCCGCCACACGUAUAGGAUUUUUAAAUUUUUUAACUUUUUGUAAUAGAUCUCCUGCUUAUUACCUAAAACAAAUACGUACAAGACGUAUUCUUUGUAAUUAAAUUUAACUUUAAAUUAUUUUCAUUCAUAUUACAUUAUUUAGAAAAAAAAACAGUGAAAUAACUACAAAAAUCUGAAUUCAUAAAGUUUGUUUAGGUUUCCAAAGCACGUUGUAGAAGGACUUGAAAAUAUUAAAAUUUUACUUAGCUGGUCAUUGAUUGAACAUAUAGAAUUUAUGAAUUGUAAGUGAAUUAUAUUUAUCAAACCGACCAAGCAUAGAAGCUUUCUUUGUAACAAUAUGAUGAGAGAAUUAGCUUGUUUUUAGAAUCGCAUCGAAAGAAAAGUUAAACCAACCUGCAACAAUCAUUAAUUGUCAUAUCACAGAGUACUCGUGUGUCAAAACAAUAUCAAACGUAACGAGCCUCGCGCGCUAAGUUCGAUUUCCGUAUCGGAAUGGAUCUCGAUAUUAUUGUUUUUUUUUCUAUCGUUUUAUUCUAAAUACAACUUAUUUGUAACAACAAAAAAUAUGCAUAAAACUCGUCCAAGGCCAGUUCUUAACGACCCCAACGAAAAAAAUAUGAUUGCUGACGUAGAUGUUUACAAGGAAACAAUAAAGUGUUAAUACGUAUAGUCAUCAGAUCAUAACAACUCCUUUUUACCAACAUUUUAGGGUCAAAGAUAGUUUGUUUUAUAAUUUUUCGAUUUUUUUUCUAGGACUUGAAAUCAACUAUCUGUAAAUGACUAUUGACUGAGUUAGCUAAUAUGGAUCGAAUCAAUAUAGAGAUGGAAACAGCCAUAUGUGGAAGCCUUUAAAGGCAAUGUUUUGUUUUUUUUUGCAUUUUAGCACACGGUGCUGCGUUUCAAAAUUUUAGAAACCCUUCCUAACCCAAACACUUUUUUUUUCAUAUAUUGCCCGAAAAGCAUAAACUGGUAUCAAAACAAACAAUCAUUGCAUAUUAGUAUGAUCCUGAAAUUGGACGUUAUAAAAGGGAUUUUUAAGGUUCAUAAACUCAAUGGAAUCAAGAAGUAAUCUAUCAGAGUUCUGCUAUGCAGGACUCUCAAUAUUUAUGAAGGCGGUGAAUUAUGUACAUAUGAAUAUUUAUUUACGACUAUAUCUCUCUAUAUAAACCUAAUUUAGGCUAACUCAAAACGAAAACUCUCAAAAAUUGCUUUCACUAAAUACCACCAUUCAAAUCGGUACGCUCGGGUAAGCAAUAUUUGACUUUGUUUUUAAUUCUAAAACAUAAUUUCCCCGCUCAAUAUAGUGGUUCAGGAUAAAAAAAAUCAGAACCAUCAUAUUGCCCUGGGGAAAUAGCUAUCAAAAUACUGUUUUUCUUGAAAGCCACUGCCAUAAUCAAAUUAAUGAUUAGUCAAUUCAUAAAAAAAACUCUCUGUAUGAAUACACUUUUCUAUCGACAUCUAACUAUCAGCUGCUUUUUUUAUUCUUCCUAUGUAAGUACCUUGUAUACAAAACGCAAACCUAUAGCCAGUUGUCUAUUUAUGUUGAUCAGACGAAACCCUUAUUAUAAAGCAAAGCAGCGCUUGAACUUACUCUUGUUUGGGACAAAAAGGCUUAUUGUGAUAUCGGCUAUUUCCAUUCAGGAGAAUCAAUAAGUGAUGGUGGUCCUCACAUAUGACAAGCGAAAUGAUACUUAUAUGAGCUAGCCUCCAUUCUAUGUUUUCACGGUAAAGAAGAGAAAAAAGCGGAUAAAAGUAUUGUGAUCCAUACUUAAUUUUAGCAAACACCCUAGUGCGUAAGAUAUGUUACGGUAAGAGUAUUCGAACAAUUUGAAUAACAUAGAAUCGAGGGAAUGAAGAACUAAGUCAAAUGAAUAGUUUACAUGUUUUUGUAAAUUCCUACUUUUAUAAUAUAUAUAUAUGAACAAAUUGACUGAAUUAAAAUUGAUUUAUAAAUAAAAAUAUGCGAUAAGUGCAAAAUAUAAAA